UCAAAAGCAAUGUUCCGCUUGGGGGAAAAUUUUGGAAAUUUUUACUUUGAAAAUGGUUUGGCGUACACCGAAGAUCGCAAGGUUGUGCGACUGGUGACGAUCUCUGCGAAGUGGCACUUUUCGAAGAGCCAACUCUGGAAGCACUUCUCGAGUUUUGGAACUGUGGAGGAUCUCAAUGAAAAAAAGAAUAAGAGAGUGGGAUCGGUUCUUUUUCAAGAGGCUUCCCAAGCGGCAAGGGUUUUGGUGUUGACUAAACACUAUUUGUAUGGCCAUGUUCUUUAUUUGCAGCCCAGCACCUCCAGGCGCGAACCGCCGGUGAAGGAAUCAGAAACUAUUUCUGCCUACGAUACACCCGUUGUCGAUGACGUUUGGUAUAAAGUGCUCGAAUAUCUUCCACUAAAAUCCCGUCUCAACUUUGCCGCCAGUUGUAAAAGAUUCAAGACAAUCUACGAAUUGGAGUCGCAUCGUAACAAUCGUGUUCUUAAUAUGAGGGAUGUUUGCACACUGGGACUGCGGCUAUCCGGAAAACACAUUCAUUGUGUAAAAGGUGGCCCGCUUCAUCGGCCGCUUAUGUCGGAGUUCGUGCAGCUAUUGGGUGUAAGCUGUCCAAAUCUAGCAGAGCUAAGUUUCUACAAUAGAGCUGUUUCAGUCAGCCUAGACCACAUGACUCACCUGUUUGAUGGUGCCAAUGGCUUAAAUAAUAUCACCACCAUAUCCUUGAGGUGUUGUGACUUGGCAGAUACUCACAUUUACUGCUUGCAGAUGCUAUCUAAACUAAAGAGUCUGGACAUCGUACAGAACUAUUUCAUUAAGGGCGAAAGUUUAAAAUCUCUGCCAAUUUCCUUGGAGAUUUUAAAUGUUUCAAAAUGCGACAGACUGCUGCCCAAGCAUCUUAUCAAUCUUGCGUCCCUGUCGCAUCUCCGCGAACUGCGCUGAUCUGGCACUUCCAAGUGUGCGAAAAAUGAGCUGUACAAACGGUUCGCACAUUACUGUCCAAUGCUCGAGGUUCUCGAGGUUACCGACAUUAUGCAGAAGAUACAGCUGGGCGGUCUGUCUCGUCUCCACACCUUGGUCAUUCCGUCUGCCGAAGGGUUUGGCGACCAUAUGAAUAACUUGCUGCUUACGUCGAUCGCGGAAUCGUAUUCGCUGCGCCAUCUGGAGAUUAUAGAUUUAACUUAACUUAAAGAACUGCGGACCCUAAUAUUACAUAAUCUAAACUUUACACCGGUACACCUAAUGGGAUUGCAAAAAUUCACUGCCUUGGAGUUUCUGGACCUGACUGGCUCGCGCGAUCUAUCCAAUGAGAACGUUGCGAAGUUGACGAAACCGCUUGGCAGACUCACGACAAUUAACCGAGAUCCUGAAAGGGAAUCCUAAGCUUCAAGUAGUCUUUUAGGGUCAACUCAACAACAAUGUUUUUAUAUCAUUCCUAAGAAGUGCAGACUUUGCAUUUGUAUCAAUUUGUAUCAACUAACUUUAUAUUCGACCCGUUGAGCUUAUGGAAUAAAUUGUCCAUUUUGUAAUAUUGUUAACUCC